AUGACAGAAGAACUCUCCAAGGUCGACUCAGCCGUCCAAGGUCUCUCAAGCUCACCCCCCAAGGAAGAGAAGAAGACACGGCGACAAAGCUCAGCAGCGGCACCUGGUGUCUACAACGUCAAUGACCUCGAGGCCGAGGGCAUUGAGCUCGAGCUCCCUAUUGAGAGUCAAAAGACUGGAUGGAAAAUCAACAAGAGCUCUAGCACAGUAGAAGACGCUGCUAUCCUCAAGCUUCACCUCACGAAACCCCCCGUCAAGAGAAUUACCCUUCACUUCCCAUUAGGGGUGGAGGUGCAAGCACGAAACCUCAAGGGUGUAACAAUCAAGGACGCACUUGAUGCCAUCCACAAGCAGUACAAGAAGCGGGCCGAUGAUGAGCUCGACAAGCCCUACCUCGCUGGUUUCGAGUGGGACAAGGAAGAGUCAUGGACCCGACUUGUUGUUCACUUGCAGGCCCAGCCCACGGCCACAGACUCCGCCGGUGGCGGCAAGAAGAAGAAGAACAAGAAGAACGAAGAAUAA